UAGAUAGAUAGAUAGAUAGAUAGAUAGAUAGAUAGAUAGAUAGAUAGAAUGCUUUGUUUGGUUCCCCUUGACAGGCAUUGAGGAGUUAUGUAACGUCCAUUUCGGCGAGAUAAGUCCAAAAGCAGCAGAGCGGUUAGGUGGGUUCGAUGCGUUAAUAAAUCUGCAGACAUACACGAAUAAGUGGAUUACUUGUUUUCAAGAGAAUUUUAAAAAGUGAGUAUGUUUAUAAAACAUCGCACCGACUGUUCGCCAUGACUAGUUGGAUGUUUUGUUUUUUUCAAAACAUCCCCCGACGCCCGCUCGGCGGGAGACUUGGUACGUUCCGCAUCACACGUCAUCCAUUGUUUACAAAUCAACUGAGCUUGUUGGUGGUUGGCGGCGUGGCGAGAGCGAGGAGCGGUGCGAGGACCGGCGCCUCUCUCAUUCAUCCCCGACGACAACAACAAAACCACCGGUGUUCACGAUGCCCUGUCGAAAGGAAAACUACAUCUUCCUGGAGCAGUCCGUCACCGUCGACCCCAAAGAGGUGGACGCGCUGGUCACGAAAAUCGGCGAGGCGCUGCAGCUCCACAACAAUAGCGGCGGCCACCCGAAGAAAACGGCCUGCCUGCACAGUCUUAACACCGGCGUGGGGAGCGUGGUUAACCCGGCGGGGGUCCUCGGCGUCGGGGGAGGAGUAGGAGGCACGACCACCACCGCGGGGGCGCCGGUAACGAAGCGGCAAGGCUGCUGCAUGCGGCUGCGGAACCGCGGCAGCAGCCGGGCGAGCCCCUACCACAUCCCCGGAUCGAGCGACCAGGAGUGGGACCAAAUCAAGCCGUGGAACAAAAAGAGGCUGCACGCCGACGAGGACGACCCGCACCGCCUGCUACAGGAGCUCAUCUUGUCGGGCAACCUGAUCAAAGAGGCCGUGAGGCGGCUGCAGUUCUCCGCGGCGGACUGUGGAGACUUCCCCAAGGCGGCGGACAACGUGCCGUGCUGACGAGGCUUCAAACACGGCUCCCCCACACCCUCCACGGUCCUCCUGUGGACUUUCAAGUUGAACUCAACAAGACCGGUACCUGUGUUUCCCCUCCUCAUUUCGUUCGAUUUGUCCGGAACCUUGGCUCCGUUGCGUCAGCGGCAAGCGGUUAGCUCGCCAGUUAGCCGCCCGGCUAAUGAGCCGUGUUGUUUAUGUUUGAAAAUCUCCCCCACCGAGGUGCAGGGGUGGGGGCGUCUAAGAGGCUUCGAAUAAGCCAGGAUUUGCUAAUUUUUCAUUGACAUUUCCACCCUGCCCUAUUAAUGAAAUGACAUUUCACAUGGGGGCUUUUUAUGUAAAAUGGACGCCAUUUUCAAGACGACUCGGAAAGCGCCCCCCGCACACAUGUAAACACGCUUUUUUUGUUGUUGUUGUUGUCCCAAGUCAUCCCUUAAUCUGUUGUCGUGUUUGGAGGCUGGAGUACACAUUUCUAGCCUUGUUCACCCCAUAACAAACAUGAACUUUAUCGAGGAGGACGGUUACGCUGGUUUAGUGUUGUGUGUGGCCAUUUUGUUUACACUCGGGGAGAGGAGACAGGAAGCAAGUGUGUACCAUUAUUUACCCCCCCCCCCCCCCACUCCUUUAACUUCCCUCGGAGCAGCUACUUUCACCACUCAAAACCUCAACUAAGACACAAUUUUGUCUCUUAUUUUCUAAAGCAGUUUUUCUACACAACACUGAUGCUAUAUGUGGUUAGCGGGACUGCCUUGCAGUUCAAAUGUACGGGUUUCGAAUCCCGGCUCCAGAUGUUCUCCCUCCCCCGUGUGUUUUUCUGUGGGUCCUCUGGCCGGCU